AUGCUGGUUCAAUGCAAUUUAGUGUUAUUGUCAUACUUGCACUUCACUCCUUUCCUUGUUGUUGUUGUUGCUGCUGCUGCUUGCACAAUGUCGUUCUACACACCUGUUGCCGAGAUUCCAAAGAUUGUCGCCGAGUUGCGCGAAUCGUUCCAGCAAGGCGUUGCGCUCGAAAUCCCCUACCGCAAGAAGCAGCUCCUGGCCCUCGCUCGCAUGUGCACCGACAAUGAGGAGCAAUUCGCAGAGGCCCUCAAGAAGGACCUCAACAAGCCAAAGGCGGAAUCCGUCCUCUUUGACAUUCGCUUUGUCGCCGGCGAGGUCGCGCGCUUGCUCGAGCACAUUGACGAGUGGGCGACCGCAGAGGCCCCCACCGUGCCCUUGCUCAACAAGCUCGACGGCAACCGCCUCGUCCGCGACCCGCUCGGCGUCGUCCUCGUCAUUGGCGCCUGGAACUUUCCCCUCAUGGUCAGUCUCUGCCCGAUGGCUGGCGCAAUCGCUGCAGGCAAUACGGUCAUCGUCAAGCCGUCAGAGCUCGCAUCCCACACUGCUCAGCUGUUGAGCAAGCUUCUCCCUGCCUACCUCGACCCGAAGGCCUACCGCGUCGUCAACGGCGGCAUUAGCGAGACAUCAGCCCUGCUGGAGCAGCGCUUUGACUCUAUCUGCUACACGGGUGGCGGCGCAGUCGCCAAGAUUAUCAUGAAGGCGGCGGCCAACCACCUAACCCCCGUCCUGCUGGAGCUGGGCGGCAAAAACCCCGUCUACGUUGCUGAAGAUGCCGAUUUGGCCAUCGCCGCCCGUCGCAUCCUCUGGGGCCGCCUUCUCAAUGCCGGCCAGACCUGCCUGUCGCCCGACUAUGUGCUCAUCGACAAGAAGCUCCAGCCGGCCUUCCUCGAGGCUGCACGCGCUGCACUCAACGAGUUUUACGGCCCAGACCCGAAGGCCUCGCCCGAUCUUUCGCGCAUCAUCAACGACGCUCACUGGAAGCGCCUCUCUGCCCUUCUCACCAGCGGCACUGUCGCCAUUGGCGGACAGACGGAUGCUGCCACGCGCUACAUUGCCCCGACCAUUCUUGUCGACGUCCCGCACGAUGCCCCCGUCAUGCAGAACGAAGUCUUUGGCCCCAUUCUCCCCAUUAUCAACGUGUCUUCGAUCGACGAAGCCAUCAAGUUCAUCACGUCGCGCGACAAGCCGCUGGCCACCUACCUCUUUACGCGCAACUCGAAGCUGCAAGACGAGUUCCUCAAGCGCACCUCCUCGGGCUCGACCUGCGUCAACGACACGAUUCUCCAAGGUGGCGUGCACGGCCUUCCGUUCGGCGGCGUCGGCGCGUCCGGCAUGGGCUCGUACCACGGCAAGUACUCGUUUGAGGCCUUCUCACACCUUCGCGCCGUCGUCUACAAGAACCCCGGCAUGGAAAUUGUCAACACAAUUCGCUACCCCCCUUACUCGGACAAGAAGAUCUCGUGGGUGUCGUGGCUCAUGAUCCCUGUGCCCAAGGCAUACAGCGCUUCUGGAGCCGCCACUGCCUCCAUGUUCAAGGUGCUUUUGCUGGCUGCGAUUCUUGCCUUUGUCUUCAAGCUCAAUCCCCAAGUGAUUGCGUCCAUUCGCCACGCCCUCGGUUUUUAAGCAGGCGAUGAGUUUUUUUCCUUGCUCGGCAGCGACAGCAAUGGAGAGGAGGAAACCCUCCCCCCAAAACCAAACAAAACAAAAAAACCCCCACCCGAUGCCGUUGAUCAGAAGCCAAAAAAUCCAGACUUUGCUUUUUGCGUGUUUGGACUGGUGAAUGACUUGUGUAAAUUCAAAACAAAAAAUACAGGAAUGCUGAUGUAAAGUACAUGU